AUGAUCUGCAGACUACUUCUAAGCCUAAUGAUAAUGCAAAGUAUUCUUGCAAGAAUCGAUAUGGAAGACAUAAAGAAAGUUAAUAAAACUUUUGUUGGCGAGAGUCAGGAUGUGGCUAUUAAUCCAAAGGGUCCAUUGAAUCUACUACGUGGAUAUAUUGGACACCAAAGUGGAUACAUGCACAACAAGCGGUUUUAUUCACCUGAAAUAGACACAGACUAUGCAAUGUCUAAGAAAGGACUAUCCUGUCUAGGAAAACAAGAGUACAACUUUACAAGAACACCAGUGAAUGACAGGGUAUACAAAGACAUAGCUACACAGACUCCCAAUGGGGAGUAUCUUAGCACCUACCACACACAGCUCAUAAAGAUGUUCCCCUCAAUGGUUGGAGAUCUUUCCAUUGAGGCAGAUAGAUCUAACGUACUUACAAACUUCUUAAGAGCAGAUCAUGUUAAGAAGGAUGCAAAGUACAUACUUGCUGCGCUUCUGCUGCUCUCAGAAGGAGUUGACAUUAAAAUAGCGGUAGACUACAAAGGAAAGAAAAAUAAUCUUGUCAUAAAAAGUAAGAAAUGUGCUGAGAAAGAGUUUGUGAAUGUGGAGAUGCACAUGGAAGGUAUAGACCCAGUUACAAAUGAGCACAGUGACAGUAUCUAUCAAAGUGAGGCCGCUGAAAUUGUCAAGUUCUAUAUUCAGUGCAGAGAUAAUCCGCUGCUAAAGAGAGGAGGCGAGUUUGCAAUGCCAGUCACAAGAGAACAAUUUGAGAGUGGGAAUUUUCUGAACAGUGCAGCUUUCCUUAUACAGACGUAUAUAUACGAGUUCAUUGACACAGCAGAAGACUACAAGGACUUUGUAGAAGCAGCGCAUGAAUUAAUGGUUGAUCAAGUAGUUGAAAAAGAGAACCCAGAGAAGACUAAGAAGAAAGACAAAAAUCGCAGAAUAUUCGAUAAGCUUUUCAUAGAAAAAGAUGCACUUAAUGAAAACAUAAAAUAUACUACGUCUUUCUAUAACCUUGUAAAAGCCAAAAAUGGAAAUCUCAUAUUUCCCUUCUACAAUGAUAUUCAGCUGCCGCGGUAUACUAGAGUGCCUCGUUGUAAACUAGACAAGUCUGGCUUUGAGAUAGAUCAAUCCUUAUAUUAUAGCGACUGCGUAGAGACAGUCCUUCUUGGAUUAUUCUGCUGCCUGGCAUACAAUCUAGAGACCCAAAAGUACGAAACUAGCCACAUGGGAGAGGGAGUAAGUAAAGAGCUAAAAGAGUUCUUUGAAAGGUACCCUAAGCCAACAGAGACCACAGACUUUGAAAUGCAUAAGCAGUGGAGUAAAGUUGUUGCUUGCUUAAAGAAUAACAAGAUUAACUACAAACAGAGUAGAAAUGAACUUCUUCCUGAGUUUUCAAAUAUAUUUCUAGUAAUUGCAGAAAUAACAGGGCAGAAGAAAGAUGUACUAGAGCUACUUGAGUAUGUGGAUAGUGUAUGUAAAGCAGGGAAAUUAGAUAUUAAUCAACAAUGUUGGAUUACAGUUAAGAUAGACUCGAUCCUUAAGUCUUUAUCACUGAAUAAGCAUAUGAAAGUGUUAUGUUUUAACAUGACAAUUGGGGAAACGCCAAGUGGUAAGGCAGAUAUUCUCUCGGAUAUUAACAUUAUUUAUUAUGGUAGCGAGAUUACUUUGAAUGUAAAAAAAGGGAUUAUAGAUAUUUCUCUUGCUUCAUCGUUAUAUGCUAAUUCUGAGCAUAUUAGAGAAAAGUUUAAAGAAGUAAGAGACAUGUACAGCGAUGUAGACUGCUAUAUAGGAUACAUUGUCGCACACUACAUCGAUGCAGAAUUAGACCUCUCAAAUAACAAUGGCUCCACCAUCUUAAAAAAUAUUGGCAGAGACAUAAAAAUAAUGCUACAGGACGAGUCUCAGAAUUUAUCUAAAAUAUUCUUACACAGAGAUAUUUUAACAACGCACACGAAGAGCUAUAUUAUGGAGUGUUUUGUGUUUUCUGCCUUAGAUAAAAAAGUCACACCAACAAGCCCUUUAGCACGCUUUACUGCAAAUAUUUUGGGAAGUACAUCUCUUUUUUAUCCGGAAACCCGGGAGAAGAUGAUUCCUUUCUUGGCAAUUCUUGCAGACUGGCGAGAAUUCUACCCAAAACUUGGGUUCACGCCAUCGGAUUACCCAUCAGAACAUAUUUUUGCUUGGGAAGUAUCAAUGGGUUUUUAUGAAAAGAUAAUUUCCUGCCCAGUACGCAUUGCAGUAAAAGCUACAUGCAACUAUCUUAGAGCAUCUUCGGGUUGCCAAACUCAAACCCACCAUGUAAGAUAUUUCCUAACCUCAACACUUCUAUUUAAUUAUAUAAUGUCUGAUGGGGAACUAGAUAACUUAAUGGAAAUUCAAUCUGUCGUUUCAAAAUAUAUGAGCGACCAUGAGUUAACCCAAAUAUAUUUUUGCUGGUUCGUGCACUUAUGCACAAGCAAAUAUAAAUUCUCGCCAGAAUCCUUUAAGAAGGUCUAUAGCCUUAUAUACUCUGAUCAUUAUCCGCAUGGAUUCUAUGUUCGAAUAGUGAUAGAAACUAGAAAAGAAUUCAAAAAAUGCCUAAGUGUUUUAAAAGAAAGAAAAGCUCUUUUCUGCUCAAAGGAUGACCCCGAAAGUAUGAAAAAAUAUAAUGGAUUAGUAAAAUACAUUAAAGAAGAUUGUUUGGGUUUGGUUUCCUCGCCUCAAGUGCAUGAAACUCUCUAUUCAGAUCAGAAAUGCGUAUUGAUGUGA